AUAAGAGCGCGGUGUCUGUCUGUAAACAAAAGGUUUCGUCAUUGUUUUAUAAGAGCGCAGUAUUGUCCCGUAUGUUUCUCAAGGCGAGUAAGCUUUAUAUUUUGGUCCACAAACAAACAAAUUCAGGACACAUUACAUUUAUAGCGUGAACAAAAUUACAAAGAAUAGUAAUGUCAACGCAAAAACUUAUAACUCAGGAAGAAAGUCUGCACGACUCAUGGGUGGAGCUCCACUACGAUUCAUGUAGCGAACAUAGUGAGGACACACCAGUCCUGUCUGAUAUCACAGACCUAGAGAAAAUGCUUCUGGAAGCACAGCGGGAAUCCAGCAGUAGUUCACGGACAAGCUCUCACUGCAGCAGUCCUCCACAUGUCCAAACACCUCCACUCAUCAGUGCAGCCUCCUUCAACACACACACCAUUGCACAGGGGGAAGUUGUACCAGAGAGCAAACAGGAAGCUGAGACUAUCGCAAGGAUCUGUGACUGGUCCAGCCGGCCAGAGAAUGUACCACCGGCAGCACUGAUUAUUAAACGGCCAAAGCGGAACAGAUUGUGCAGCAGAAACUCAGACAAAAACGAAAAAGAAAUGAACACAAACUUGCUUAAGUUAUUGCUACCCUCCCUAGUUUUGACACACAUCCUCAUGCUUGGGUUGGGGAUCUGUAUUGGACGGCGCCUCUCCACUCAGUGCUCUGUUAUCUGAGUCAUAGUAGAUGAAUGCUUGUGUAUGUUGUGUCAGUGUCACUCUGGGAUAGUCUCUAGAAAGAACCCGGCAGUCUUUUGCUGGAACACUUUUGUUUUUAUCCGUCAGAAAUGCAAGACUAUGUAAGAGGACACUGUGAAAAUAUGAUGAUAGAAACUCUCAGCAUUAUUUUUUCUUUGGUUCUCCUGCCGGGACUUUGGCACAGAAUUGAUAAAGAUGAAUCCAGUUGUGUAUGGAUAUCAAGUUAGAUUAACCAGGAAAUAUGCCUUAUAGAUUUCAGCUUUUGCUUCGAAUUAAAAAUGUUUGUUACCAUAAAUGCAUCAGCAUGAAUAUUGUUUUACUGACCUGGUCACAUUGUUGUCUUUCAGCUGACCUGCUUUUUUUUAAUAGCAUUUCAAAUCAUUAUUCUUAAAAAGGUAAAUCUGUGUUUGAGAGAAAAUUUAGAGCCAUAUAAAUGCAUAUUCUGACAUAUAUUCUAAUGUGACAUGCUAUUGAAAAUUCAUAAACUGUCCUGCCAAAAUUAUAAUAAUCUUCAAAUUCAUUUAAAAAAAAUACUUUCAUAUAUUUUGCACCAAUUCAAAUAAAAUACUUCAUUUAUUACUUA